UUUCGUUUACCCCAUCGGGAAGUUUUGAUCUUUAGGCUGUUCUCAGCUUUACAAAAUGACGAUAAUAAAGUGUCGGUUUUGUAUGGGAGAAGAAAGAGCAGCAGAGGACACAGAUUAUGUAGAGAAAAUCUUACCACCGGGCUACAGUCAUCUAUUGUGUCGUCAUGAAUUGCUGGAAAAGUUAGAGGAUAUGGAAAACUUUCGAGCAUCGCUUAAAUUGCAAAUGACUACAGAGGAGCAAGUCCAGAAGUGGCUGGAGGACUUCCAAAAGACCUCGGCUUUAACGUGGAGAAAAUCCAGGACGUAUCCUGACUCUGGCCGCUACAACAAAUACAGAGUGGACCUGAGAUGUCAUCACAAAACAUACAGUGCAUCAUCGAAGACGAGCAAAAACACUAACUGCCCUGCUACUAUGUUUCUGAUUCUCAAGAGAUCUAUGCACGAAAGAAAGUCCAGAUCAGGUGACCCACACAUUGAAGAGGGCUAUUUUCUUCAUGUGAACUUGAGGAACGAACAUAACCACAGGCUGCACACCGCUGAGGUCAUGCGAUGGAGAGAUGUAUCCAACGACACCAUCGAAAAGCUUCAACAGCUCUACAAAAGCGGCCACUCACCUUCAUCUGCACUCAAGACUAUCAAAUACAACUUACAGGAAGAGGAAGGCGAUAAUUAUCUCUACGCUGUUACAGAUCGAUCAAUCUGCCCAGACAUUCAGUUCUGUUACAGAUUAUAUUACAAGCUUUUUCCGAAGUCAUUUGCUGAACCUGCAGAGAAGGACAUUUCAGAAGAGCUUUUUAGACCAUUAGAGUUGGAGCAAUCAUGGGAGACAAUGACAGUCACAGCAGAUGGACAAGCCACGUUCAAUGAGGAAACGGUGUCUGUUACCACAGUACCAAUCAUAACCACCACAGACGGGGAACAUUUCACACAAGAGCCAGUCCACGAACCAGGCCCAAGUACAGCUGUUGCAGAGACUGUCGGGACCUUGGAUGGACAGCUGGAGGACGUUUUUGGGAUCCUAAAAAAGAAGCUAAACGAGGACGCAAGUUUCACGCCAUCUAUAAGAGCUUUUGUGUCGAAUUUCUAUCAGUUGAAAAAUGACAGCGCCCUGCAGUCAUCGCUCUUUUGCUUUGGUAAAGUUGCCGAGAUAAUCAGUCAGAUCAGCGUACAACCGGCCGCCGGUCCACGGAAGAAGGGGGCUGGACGUAGAGCUGUUGGCAGACCCCCAAAGAACUCAAGGAGAGAGCAUCCGUACUGCAACAGCAGAACUGAGGACGCUCCGCCAACACUCACGUUCUGUUUGCAGGAAACGAACACCCUCGAGAAGACAGAUGAACCACAGACAGCAGCUUCUGGUGGGUGUACAGAUCCAAUCACUGUUGCUCUACAAGGAACACUAGAGACAAACAGUUGAGUUGUACUAGUUUUGAAUACAUCCAAUCACUGGUUAUGGUUAGAGCCCUUUUAGCUUUUUAUGGAUUAAACCAUUAGGAAAAAAAUAUGUCACCCUUUAUUUUGAUGGUCCGUUUGUUGAAUUUAAGUUACAUUGCAUCUACAUGCCAACUAAUUCUCAAAUAGUAGACUGUUAGGUUGGGGUUAGGGUUAGUGAGUAGUGUAAGUUUCUUAUAGUCAGUUAAAUGUCUGUUCAAGGAGCAAUAUCAGCACAUAUUAAGCUGACAGUCUACUAAUACUCAAAUGGACCAUCAAAAUAAAGUGUUACCAUAAAUAUUUUUCUAUUUAAAGGUUGACUCUUCUGUAGUUACAACAUGUACUAAGAUCAACGGACAAUGAAAAGUUGCUCUUGUCGAUAUGUAGGCACUAUACUCUCAUUCCGGCAUAACAAUCAAGGAACUUGCUGUAGCAGGCACAAUGAUAUUAUGCACAAUGUUAUCUACUUAGAGCCUAUAUUCUCCUUGAUUAUUAUGUGUGAAUGAGAAUAUAGUUCCAAGCAGUGUGCGAAUUAUUCAUUGAUGAUUGGGGUGGGGGGGCAACUUUUUUGUUAGUAGUUUGAUAAUACAAGCUUCAGUGAAUCAAAUUUUAAAAUCUAUUUAAAUUACACACUUUUAAAAAAAAAAUUUCAAUAAUUUUUUAUUUAUUAAUAUUUAAGAACGCUAAUAUUAAAGAUAUUUAUUACUAUGAAAAGGUAAUAAAUUCCCCCCAUACAUACUUAUUUUGAUGUCCUUUAAGGAGAAUCAAGUGUUAAUUAACCCCCUCUAAUUCGCACCCUGGUUCCAAGCCAUAUCAGCCAAGAAAAUAGCACUUUUAUUUUUACGCCAGUCUUAGUACACAAUGUAAAUACAGAAGAAUCAAGCUUUAAAUAGGAAAAUUAUCAAAAAUCUUGAUCUUUUUUUUAACAGGAUGCUAAUGGUCUAAUCCGAUUUAAUGAUUUAUGCUAAGCUGAGCUAAAAGUGCUCCCGCCAGACACGGAGAUCGGCUGAAUGGAUUCAUAUAUGGUAAAACUGUAUAGGGAAUGUGUAAAAUGAGUCUAUUUCCAGUGUUGCUUUAAGAAAUCGCAGCUUUCAAAUCAAAAGUUGCCCCCAUUAGCUUUAUAUUUCUGGUCUUAUUGCACACAAUUCAACAGCGCAUGUUGUUGUACACGUGAAAAUGAUCCAAACGCAACCACUUGCUGUCUCCAUCGAGGUACGCAGUCAGUUCACAGUACAUAAAAUCAAAGUUUAUGUCUUAAUUAGGGUUUUACUCUGCAGUGUCUCAUUAUGAAAGAGCACUGUUUAUUGUGAUUUAACAUGUUUUUUUUAAACACAUAAUGUUAUUGUUAACAUUUUACUAAAGUGGUUUCUGAUGUUCAGACUGAUGCGAAUGAGCAUUACUAUUUUAUUUUUUUUAUUUCUCACCCAUGCUUUAUUCAGAUCCAAUAAUCUGUGGGGUUUGGUUAAAAUGAUUACUAUUUGGCUAAACAUGGCUAAAAUGGUCCAAUACCAUGACGGUUCCUGUUUAUGCAUGUUGAAAAAAAAAAAAAAGAUUGUGCAUUAUUAUUUGCAACGUGCAAACAGCUUGUGCCAUUCUCUUCGGAAAGCACUAUAAUGUAUUUAAUUAUAGAUUUAAAACUGACCUUUGUAAAAGUACACUUAAUAAACCAUGGAUGAUCAUGCA